CCUACCCCUCUCUCUCUCUCCUCGAGAAGGGGUUAAUGGUGUUGCCGGCGAAGAUGAAGAAGAAGAAGACGGGUUCGUCGGCGGCGCCCCGGCAUCCCCCUCAGAUCUGAGCCCCACGAUGCCCUGACGCGGCGCAUUCCCCGGGGAAAACCCUUAGGCAGAAGAGGAGCCGCCGCCGCCGGCGAUGGGUGUCCUCACCGAGUCCCUCUGCUUCUGCAGCGGCGUCGGCAAGUCCGAGAAGACCAAGGCCGCCAUCUUCUCCGGCAAGUCCCCCGCCAUGGCCGCCGUCUCCGGCUCCGGCACCGGCUUCCUCAUCCACCGGAACCUCCUCCUCACCGCCCACGUCAACCUCCCUUCCGUGGCCGCCGCCGAGAGCUCCGAGAUCCGGCUCCAGAACGGGGUCGCCGCCACCUUGUUUCCCCACAGGUUUUUUAUCACCAGUUCAGUUUUGGAUCUUUCAAUAAUCGGUUUAGAUACCAUUGAUGGAGAUUCCAAUGCCCAGGGUCAGCAGCCUCACUACUUGAAAACUAAUGCCAAGCCAAACCUUGACUUGGGCAGCAUCGUAUAUGUUUUAGGUUUUACUGAGAAAAAGGAAUUAACAAUUGGAGAGGGAAAAGUCGUUAUAGCGACUGAUAAUCUUAUAAAAUUAUCAACUGAGGGGGUGUUAUGGAGUCCUGGGUCAGCUGGUUUUGAUGCUCAGGGAAAUCUUGCAUUUAUGAUAUGCGAUCCUAUGAAACUAGCCACGUCUCCAAACACCAAAUCCUCUUCCACGUCAUCGUCAUCCUCAUCAUCAUCAAAGAAAGAUCUGACAAUGCAAUUCGGGAUCCCUAUACCUAUUAUUUGUGAUUGGUUAAACCAGCACUGGGAAGGCAGCCUCGACGAACUCAAUAAACCGAAAUUGCCAAUCAUGCGAUUGAUGUCUACAGGCCAGAAAAGUGAGCAUUCAUGUGCGUCCUUCACAAUGCGCCGGGUUUUCAAGUCAACAGAAGCUGAUGGUGAUGGAACUCCAUCUUCUUCAAAUCUAAUAUCCAAAUCCAGAGAUCCACCUGGACCGAGCUGUUCCAUUGCUGUAAAUAUGAUCGAUCAGGAACAGAAGGCCAUUGAUCCAAAUUCUACACAUUUUCAGGGAAUCCCAACUCCAGAAAUAUAUGAAUCGCGGAAAUUAUCUUCCGUGCCUGUUCGCAAGAAAGAAGCUGGUCAGGUGCAGCUUUUGGAUAUUAAUUUCCCACCGAGAAUUGCAAAACCUGCUGCGACUUUGCUGCCAUCUAAACCUCUGCAUCUGAGUUCCAAUAAGGACUGUGUCGAGGAAUUGCGUCUGCAGAGCCCACUGAGAAGAGAAGAAGUGCAGGAUGUGGGACUGACCAGUCCGCAUAUGGUUGACGAGAUGGCUUCUACAGGUUCGGUGAACGGGGCCCAGAGUGAGGUCCAGUCUUGCUCAUCUCCAUUGGAAGCUUCAGAGAUGCAUUACGGGUACGGCAGUGAGGAAGAGACUAUGUACUCUGCGGAAACUGCUGAGAGCAGGAACUACACUAGCCCUAGAGAGGGUAAGUUUCAUCAAGUUGGGAGGAGUCAGAGUUGCGUGAGCUACAGCAGAUGGGGGCCUGCACAGAGAAGCUCGACAGCUCGCAGAGAGUUGCUCGAAAAAGAGAGGAGCUUCAUCCACGGGAGAAAGGUGCAUUCACACGGGGCGACUUCCCAGAGGAGCAAUGACUACUACAGCCCUACAGUCUCUUCGAUCAUGAAGAAGCGAAACAACCAAGGGCAACCUAGUCGGCCCCGGCCAAGUGCCGUACAUUCAUCACCAAGAUGGGUAUUUUGAUCAUUGAAUGGUGAUGCAUCGCCCGAAUUAUUGGAAACCAAAGUAAAUUUUUUCCUGCUGUUGCUAUUGCACAGUUUUUGGAGUCAUGUGGGCAUUUUUAUCCAGAGCAUAUACUGUAAUUACUGUAUUCCUCUGUAGAACGUGCAAAGGAUGAAUAAGAGAAUUACACUAGGGUUGCUCAUCAUGUGUAUUUGUACUCUGGAUUCUUGAGUUUACACUGGCUUAUUAAUCA